UUUUCUCUCUCUCUUUCUCUCUCUCUCUCUCACACACACAGAAGAUAGAAAAUGAGUGAGGAUGUAUAUGAGGUCCCCGAGGGGACGGAGUAUCGUUAUCUGGUGCAGGACGAAGAAGAGGAGCAGAUACAGUACGUCCGUCGCCACUAUGUCAGUCCAUUCCUGGUGGUGUCGCGCAAGUGCAUGUUCCUCAUCGGCUGUGGCGUGAUCGCUCUCCUCUCUCUCGCGGGAUACCUGGCUUAUGUGGCUGAGACUCCUCCUCCAAGGGUGGCAGAGGUGCAGACCGAGUGCGGUCGGCUGCGAGGGAGCUGGAAAGGCGGAGCUUAUUCCUUUAAAGGCAUCCCAUACGCAGUGCCGCCGGUGGGUGAGCGUCGCUGGCGACCCCCGGCGGACCUAUUUAAGGCGGGACAGUGUUGGCGGGGCGUUUACGACGCCACUCGAUUCCGUAGCAUCUGUGCGCAAGUGCAGCCCCUCCGAAAAGACGGACAGGUCAUGGGACAGGAGGACUGUCUGCAUCUCAGCGUCUGGACGCCGAGCCUAAAGCCCGCCAAACCACUUCCAGUCAUGGUGUGGAUCCACGGAGGGUACCUGCACAUGCUGAGCGGCCAGGAGAAAGGAUACUCGCCCACCGAAGAGCUGGCGGCCCGCACGCAGAUGGUGUACGUCAGUCUGAAUUACAGGCUCAAUGCUUUCGGCUUCAUGGCUCUGGAGAUGCUCAGGGAAGGCUCUCCCACCAACUCCUCAGGGAACUAUGGCUUCAUGGACCAGAUCCAAGCACUUCAGUGGGUCCAGAGAAAUAUCCAUGACUUCGGUGGCGAUGCUGGAAGGGUUACCAUAUUUGGUCAAAGCUCAGGAGGAACUUCAGUUUGGACUUUGAUGAUGUCUCCACUAGCCAAAGGACUCUUUCAUCGCGCGAUAGACAUGAGCGGCUCAUAUGUGUACAACGCCUCUCUGGAGUCAGCAGAAAGAGACAACUUAGAAUUCCUGAGAAGAACCGGCUGCAAGAACGCCAUCUGCCUGAGAGAUCUACACAUCGCUCAAGUCCUUCAGGCAAUCCCGUGGCAGCAGUACCCAGCAUGGGCGGCCGAUGAAAUAAUCGAUCUUCCGGUCAAAGGUGUUUUUAUUGGCCCAGUGGCAGUCGUUGACAACUAUGUUCUCAAAGCUCCUCCGUUCGAGACCUGGGAGAAGGGUGUAGCCGGAACCUAUAACGACGUCCCGUUUGUGGUUGGAACAACCGAACAGGAGACAGAUUUUGCCUCCGCCUCCAAACCUCUAUAUGACGGCCGCUUCAUCAGUAACUAUAGCAACACAGUAGUUGUCAACAUGGAGUAUCGUCUUGGUGCAUUUGGCUUCUUAGUCACAGGCAAAGAUCCCGAGAGCUCCGCAGUGGGGAAUUAUGGGAUUCUAGACCAGCAGGCAGCACUGCGCUGGGUCCAAGAAAACAUAGCAGAUUUUGGAGGAGACCCAAAUAAGGUUACUCUGUUUAGCGAGAGCGCUGGUGCCCAAUCAGUGUGUCUUCAUCUGAUGAUGAGGAGCAGCGAGUCUUUGUUUAGACACGCAGCCAUACAGAGUUUACCAUUCUCUUUACCACUGAAAACCAGAUGGGAUGCUGUGAAACUGGGCUGGGAUUUUGCUAAACUGACUAAUUGCUCAGCAUUCGAUCUGCCCUGUCUGCGCUCUCUCAGCUCACAUGACGUGCUCAACGCCCAGGUUGAAUCAGGUUCAAAGAUCAUCAACCCCUUCCGUUUCCUGGAGGUCUUUGAGACAUGGGGGCCGUUCAUUGAUGGAGAACUGAUCCGGGAACAGCCAAUCACAGCCUUCCAAACAGGCCACUGGCAGAGUUACAAGCCUGUCAUACUUGGUACAACCUCAGAGGAAGGGGUGACCUUUGUGUACAACAUUUUCAACCGGUCCGUAUCAACACUGGAAUGUGUGCUCUAUACUGCCGCCAUCUUUAAGCAACAUGCGCUUAAAAUUCUGCACAAAUACAUUCCUUUCUACCGAGACCAGGACAGAAGAGUGAUGCUUUCUCAAAUCGUCACGGAUUACAUGUUUCUGUGUCCAACUCGAUGUUCUGCUCGUUCUGGAGUAAAAGCCGGCGGAGCCGUUUGGUUGUAUGUAUUUGACCACGCUCCGUCCGAUCACAACAUAUGGGAGGGGCUUCCGUUCUGCUACAAUCAUACCUGCCACGGGGCGGAGCUGCCCUUUCUCUUUGACUCCGCCCCCAGCACCAACUUCACACUUACGCCUGAAGAGACCCUUCUGGCAAAUCGGAUGGCGUGUUACUGGGGAACGUUCGCCCAUACGGGGAACCCAAACUCUCGAAGCGAACAGACACACUUCUGCUCACAGCAGAGACUGCCUGUUUGGCCUCGGUACACGGCUUCAGAGGGCUGGCCCAUCCUGAAUCUGACUCUACCCUCACACCCACAGCACGGGGAC